UCAUCGCAACAACACUGACAUUUUGGCAGAACGGCGCUGGUCUCAGCCUGGAAAUGUCAAUCAGAGCCAAGUCCCACACUGACCUGCAGACGGCCGGCAUGUCCUCGCUGGACGACAGCCUCUACAAGCCGUACUCCAUGAGCAGCAGCAACGUUAACAGGGGCAGCCGGUUCGGGAACGGGGUGACAGAAGAGGUCAAAGUUCUCCCCAGGAGGCCCGUGAGGGCGGUCAGACCGGUCAGCGCCAGCGGAUCCUUCCUCCAGAUCAAUCACUUGCAAGGAGAGCUGGUCAGGAAGAGGAAGGAAUGUGAGGAUCUGAAGAAAGCAAACAAGUACUUAUCAAAUGAGAUCCACAUGGAGAGGAUCGUGAUGCGCACAGAGAACGAACUGACCAUGAGGAACCUCAGGAACCUGAACCAGGAGCUGCAGGCUGAAGUCAAAGAGCUGAAGCAGAAGCUGUACCAGAGCCAGCAGAGGGCCACGUUGUGCUCGCGAGCUGCAGACGAGGCCGAGGAGUCCAGGGGGGAGGCCGAGAAGAGCAGGGCCCUGGCUGAGGCUAGGGCCCUCGGUUGUCAGCGGGACAAGGACGUAGCCGAAGCCGACAGGGGACGCCUGAGCGAAGAGCUGCAGCAGCUUAAGAAGGAGCAUGCUGAUGUGCAGCUCUCACUGGCAAAAACAGAGAAGAAUUACUUUGAGACCAAACUGAAGCUAGACCGGGUGUCUGGGGAGAAACAGGCCUUGCUGCAGGAGAACAGGAGCCUGGAGGCAGACAGAGACGACCUCCGACACAAGCUGAGACAGGUCACACAAGAAAAUGUCCAAAUUAAAGAGAGUGAGCUGAAUUGGAGGCGAAGAGCAAUAGCUUCAGAGGAGGAGAGCAAAAAGGCCAGCCAGGCUCAGAGGGAGGCCGACGCAGAGAGGCGCCUGGCUGAGAAGGAGAGGCAGGAGAGAACGGCCGAGUGCCUCAGCUGGAGGGAGAAGCAUCAGCAGUUGGCCAACACGCUCCGAGCUCAGGAGGACCUGAAGGCUCUGAGGCAGAAUAAAGCAUGUCAAGCCAACAUCAAGAGCUACUUCCUGUGCAUGACAGAGAGCGAUCAGAGGGUAAAAAUCCUCAAAAAUCCAGACGGCGCCCCGAGAAACUUCACGGAAAGCGAUCCUGUGUACAUCUCCACUCCAGAUUCCAGUGCUGAGGAGCCCGAGAGGAGUCCAUCCAGGACCAUGUUCAGGGUUUCUGCCCCAAGCACAGGGAGGGAUCUGGGUCCGAGUCACUUCGAUGACCUGCCAGCCUUCGGAGGGGACCGACCCGACUCCGCCCCUGCGCGCAGAAGUAGGAAGGUGGUGGAAUACUUCUGGAUCCCCACAGACCAGGAGUGAUCCAGAUCGAACUUACGUGGCCCUUGUCAAGGAACGUGAACCCGAGCCGCUCACUGGACACCAGUGAGAUAGACGGUUGUCAUCUCAGAUGUACGUGUGUGUAACAUGGUGUGAAUGGAUUUACUGCAGUUAGCAUGAGAUGUGGAAAGAGACGGAGCACAAAUAAAUGAGAAAAAUAGUAUUGGUGCUCAUGUCCUGGACUUUAUUGACAUUAAAGCAGUAGAGGUGCAUAAUAAUUAAGAACGCCUUACGAGAAGACCAAAAUCCAUUGUCGUACACAGAAACAUGGCUCGAGAGCACCAUUCUCGGGUAAAACGCAGCAUUAUCGUUUGUUAUUAGCGGUUACACUUUAGUGAGGGGGAAUCAUCAAUUACCAACCUGAAUUUGCCAAUUCCAGAAACCACUUUUUCUGAGCCUUUCAAAAUAAAACAGGGCCAGGCUCAGAUUGCUGAACACAUAGUGAAAGUCCAACUUUUAACAGGUGCAUUUCAGAGGAUGCCGAAUUACUAAAAACAAGCUCUUCUUUCCUUCUUCAGUAUUAAUAGUUGUAAACCGUGUGAGGCUUCAUUGAAAACAUCUACUUCAAUCAUUUUUGUUUUUUUGUGCAAUUAGGCCACGACUAAACGAAGUACUUCAGCAUUUGCUUGGGCUCUAGAUUCUUCUUAGUAGAUUUCCUUAAUACUCCAGCACAAAAGAACAAAACGAAAAGCCCAUCUAACUAAGAGGUAGAAACACAGGCAACUCUGAAACGUUACGGCGGCACACCAAUGUUUGACAGCUGUUUUUUUUUUUCAUUAAAUAUUGUAACAUUUGGAGGAUAAGUAUUGCAAACACUUGUGAUAAAAGACGACAAAAGAGGACAGAUAACAAAAGGGACAAACCCCGUCUGAAAGAGAGUUAAUUAAAAAAAAAAAAGUGAAUGCU